AUGAAAGAUGAUCAAGUGUGUAAUGGGUUUAAUUUAUUUUUUGAAUAAAAGAUUUUAGACACAGGGACUGGUAAAUCUAAAUAAAAGUUGGAAUAGGCGGAAUAAAUAGUUGAAUAAUGGAAUAAAUUAAAUGCUGAGGAGAAAAUAUAUUGGUAAUAAAAAGAAAAAGAGUUAAAGUCAGAGAUUAAUAGCAAAAUCAAUUCAAAAUAGAAGCAAUGUUAAACUUAGGAACAAAAAGAUAUUGAAGAUAUUUAAAACGAUAUUCAAUUAAUGAAAUUUGAGGAAGCUAAAUUAAAUUAUAAGAAAAGAAUAUAAGAGAAACUCCAUUAAUUUGAAGGAAAAAUAGAAGAUAAUUCUAAAGUUUAAAAAAUUAAAAAUCCAUAAAAUAGUAAAAAAAACGCACAGAGGAGAAAACCAAAGGAUGGGGAUGAAAAUUUUGAAGAGGAAAUCAAUAAAGAAAGAAAAUUUAAUGUUAGAAAAUCAAAGCGAAAUGGAAAGAGAAGAAUGUGA